AAAAUCAAGUGAAUGGAAAACUGACAGUAGCAAAAAUAAAAUGCAUAUUCCUCCUGCUCUCCCCUUUCUUCUUCUUCUUCUUCUUCUUUGUCAACAUGGUUCUGUAUUCAGUGCUAAUUCUCCAUAUGUAAGUUAUGGGGCGCUCAAAAGGAACAGUGUUCCUUGUUCUAGACGAGGAGCAUCCUAUUAUGCUUGUGCAGAUCAAAAUUUCAACUGUAGUGCAGAUGGAGGUUUGCCUUGUGAUGAAGUGUAUGCUCUGAGAGCAGUCAUAUCAGCAUUGGGGUUGCCAGUGCCACAAAUUUCUCGUUCUUACUGCUCGGAGAAGAGCUUCUAUUACAACAGCAUUUCCACCACCUGCGACUGCGAUAAUACCACUACCAUUUGUCACAUCACCACUAUAGCUACGUACGGCAUAAGCGUAAGUGGACACGUCCAUGAGUGGCUAUCGAAACUCAUUUACCUGGAGGAAAUUGAUCUUUCCCAGAAUCAGCUUCGUGGUAGCAUUCCAAACCUGGUGAACUUAACUCGGCUAACGAGUUUAAUACUUGGACAAAAUCACCUAUCUGGGCCAAUUCCACCUACCUUGGGGAAGCUGAAAGCUCUGGAAAUGCUUGAUCUGCAAAAGAACUUCCUGAAUGGAGCCAUACCUCCAUCUUUAGGGAAUUUGAUGAACCUUGCUACCCUGUCUUUGAGUAAUAAUAUGUUAUCAGGUCAAAUUCCUAAGGAAUUGGGCACCCUCUUAAAUCUCACUUCACUGAGAUUGGAAGAUAAUCAACUCUCUGGUUAUCUCCCACCAGAACUAGGAAAAUUGAGCAAGCUUGAAGAACUUUAUUUGAACUCCAACAAUUUGAGUGGAGGGUUGCCAGGAAGUUUUGCCAAUCUUAGAUCUCUGGUUUUAUUUAGAGUUGCUGGGAACAAGUUGAGUGGUAAGAUACCACCAUUCAUUGCAAGAUGGACCAACCUCACUGACCUGUACCUCAUGGGAAAUGAUUUUGAAGGGGAGCUUCCUCCUGAAAUUUUUAACAUGCCCGGUCUUCAAUCUUUGUGGAUAAGUGAUCUUAACAACACUGGUUUCUCAUUCCCAAAGUUUGCAAAUAUGACGAACAUAAAUUACCUGACUAUGAGGAAUUGCUCACUUCGCGGUCGAAUCCCCAAAUACAUUGGUGAUAAUUGGACAUCAUUAAUGUACCUAGAUCUGAGCUUUAACAACUUAACUGGUCGGAUUCCACUUUCUAUGAAAAAUCUAUAUCUUAAUAGAUUGGGUCUCGCAAGCAAUAUGCUUAAUGGGCCAAUUCCUUCCUGGAUUCGUGACAUAUAUAAGGUGGAUUUGUCGUAUAAUUAUAACUUCACAAAUCCACAGAAUUCAACAAAAAACAAGAACCGACGAAAACUAAACAUGACUGAACCAAAUAGGGGUUCUAUACUUGCGUUGAGCAACCAAUGUAAAUCAAAACAUCAUUCCUUGUUUAUAAAUUGCGGUGGCCCACAAACUCUUGCUGAAGGGAAUCAAUACGAUGAAGAUAAUGCAACAACAAAUUUUCACAGCAUUCCAGGAAAGUGGGCUUAUUCUUGUUCUGGAGACUUCAUCUCAACAACCAGCAAUUCAAGCGAUUACGUAAAGAAGAUGACCUGUGGAGUUUCUAUUUCAGAAGAAUCAUUAUAUAAAACAGCUCGGCUUUGCCCUGUCUCUCUGAUAUACUACGGGUUCUGUCUGCAUAAAGGAAAUUACACGGUGGAACUUCACUUUGCUGAAACUGUUUAUACGCAGGAUGAAGACUAUAGCAGCUUAGGGACUCGUAUUUUCGAUGUAUAUAUUCAGGGUGAGAGGAAACUGAAGGAUUUCAACAUAAAAGAGAAGGCCAAAAGUACAAAUGAAGCGUGGAUAGAAAAGUUCCCUGUAAUUGUGGAUGACAAUCCAUUGGAAAUUCAUUUUUUCUGGGCUGGCAAAGGAUCUCUAUAUAACCCACCUGCUCUGAAUGGACCUCUUGUAUCUGCCAUUUCUGUAACUCCAAACUUCGAUGUUCAUGAUGGGAAACUGUCUGCUUCUCAAAUAGCCGGGAUCACCAUAGGUUGUGCAUUCUCCCCGUUACUUCUAUUUCUUUUCAUAUGGAAAAUGGGAUUUCUCGGGAAUAGAGAGUUGCGUGAAAAACGAAUAGAAGUCCAGAAAAGAUCUUUCACCAUACAACAGAUAAUAGAUGGUACAAAAAAUUUCAGCUCCAAAAUGGAGAUUGGUAGAGGACGUUUCGGCGUAGUAUACAAGGCUGAAUUGCCCUAUCAGAUUAAACUAGCCGUGAAGAAGAUUUCUCCCCAAUCAAAACAGCAAGGCAAAGAUGAAAUAAAAAGUGAAAUCGGCAACCUGAUGUCCUUGAGUCAUGAGAAUCUUCUUCAAUUGUUGGGUGGCUAUUCCAAUAAAGAACUGCAUCUGCUAAUUUAUGAAUACAUGGAAUCUGGCUCCCUUCAUCAAGCCUUGUUCGAACAAAAAAUCACAAACUCUGCAACAGAACUUCAUUGGAGAGCUAGAUAUGAUAUUUGCCUAGGAAUAGCAAAAGGUUUGAAGUAUCUACACGAAGAAGAAGAAAAAAGGAUCAAGAUCAAGAUUGUUCAUGGGAAUAUAAAUGCCAAGAACAUUUUGCUUGAUAACACUCAUACCGCAAAGUUAUCGGACUUCGGAUUGGCAACAAUUUACAACGAGGAAGAUCCAUUUACAGCCAUCAAAGCAAGGGGAUCGCGAGUAUAUAUGGCACCUGAGCAUGCUUUGGGGAAAGCCAUAACAGUUAAAGCAGAUGUGUACAGUUAUGGGGUUGUAGUACUUGAAAUAGUCAGUGGGAGAAGUAAUACUGAAUAUAUUCCAAACCAGGAAGCUGACUUCCUUUUAGAUACUGCUGGUCGUUUACACCAAGCUGGAAGGAUUCGGGAUUUGGUUGAUAAGAAGUUGGGAUCCAGAUUUGAUAAUAAGCAGGCUCUCACUCUUCUGCAUUUGGCCAUGGAUUGCAUCAAACUGUCCCCUACUCUCAGGCCUAGCAUGUCCGACGUUGUUGCUAUCCUUUCAGGUUCCAAAGUGAAUGCUCUCUCACCAGAUUCUGAAGUUGUGUGAUCAAGACAGGGUUGAUAAGUAGGGUUGGACGCUUGGUUUUUCUCUUGUUUCUUCUUCUAUUUUCAGUAAGACGGUCUGGAACUUCCAAGUUCUCCCUAAACACAUUGUUGGCAUCGGUUUGGAUUCUAUCAUCGAAGGCACCAUUAUUGCUAUAGUUUAUUCUACAGAAAUACAAACCCGUUUUCUAAA